AGUAUAUAGUGCCUCUCGCCCCACUCUUCGUUUUCCCAUCCCAAUGCUGCACACCUUGAUUUCGUACAUUACGCACCUUUUCACCUCACGGAUAUGAGAUAGGUCAUAUCACACAACAGUAAAAAUGAGUUCUCAAGAAACAACUGACAAUGUACCAGAAGUUAAUUCACCUAACAUAUCAUCAAGAACAAAAAAUUGGGUCCAAUUUGAGGAUGAAACACCUGUUAAAGAUAACAGUGGCACGGAAGAGAAACCUAAAACAAAUGCACCAGCUGUAAUAAAACCAGAGUCGGUUACAGUAAAUGUUGAAAAGAUUGGGAAAACUGUUGACAAGUUAGAUAAUCAACGAAUAAAAAACAAUGAAUAUAGGGGUGCUGUGAUAUCAACUGAGUCCGUCCAGAUUAAUUUAGAUAGGUCAGGUUUAAAUCGUUCCAUUACAUCUGAAAGUCCAGAUCUUAAUUUGCCAUCCGAAGUAAGAGUUUCUGAUCCUAAAAGUGCAUCUCUAAAAACUAUUGAUCUCAGAGAUGUAUCUAAUGGUAGAAGUGCUGCAAGUAAUGUUAUAAGUACACCUAUUGGAAAUAUUAGACAAGGUUUUGCCAAUGGAGAUACUAUAGUUACUCUUUUGCCAGUUAAUACCAGAUGGCCAUGGAUUACACCAGCUAAAUUUAGACCAGAAUUAGUACCUGAGGAAUUAAUGGCUCAGGGCUUAACGCUUACUGUAGAAGACUACGUACACAUAAUGGAAUUGCUUGUAAAUGAUGUACGUUUUAAUAUGUACAAUGUAUGCUAUAAAAGAAUACUUGUCCUUUGGAUAUUUACUGCAUUUAUUGUACUGCUUGGCUUAUUGUUUUCUGGAGUGACUGGUCUUACUUUGUUUGGCCUUGGUGUCAUGUGGUUAGUCCUCAAUGCUGCAGCGAUAUUCUUUUGCAUGUUCGUCAAGAUAAAAUUAAACCAUAAUCUUGAGAAAUGUAUGGCUCAAGUCAACAAGCACUUACUUCGACAUAAAAUAUUGCUUGGAUUGGAUGAUAGAGGGAAGAUUUCGUGUCAUAAAGUCAAUCUCUGUUUCAUAUACUUUGAUACUACAGAUUGCAUCAAAAAGCUACAAGAAGUAAUAGAACGAGAAGAACGCGAAGGAAGAGUAAUUGGCGAAGAUGGAAAUUCUGAGAUGCGUCGAAAAAGGGAAUUACAACAGCGAAUGGAUAUCGAUGAUAGCGACAUUGUGAUACAAGGCAAUACGACCACCAGAAUUUCUCGUAAACAGGGUAAAAGUGAACAAGUAUUCUGCCGUUAUGUACAACGUUGGGCAAAGGAUUAUUUACGUCGACGUUUGGACUGGACAGUUGACGAAGAAGGUGGAAAUCCUUCUUCACCUCGCCACUUAGCAUCAGCUUUAUGUCCAUGUCAAUAUAUAGAAGAAUGGCUUCGCAAUAAACCGCAUGUCCGAGGCAGAGAUUUCUGUCCUAGCUGGAGUAAUUUUCUUAAAGAUAGGGGCAUUUAAAAUAAUAUUGUUUAAUAUGGAUAUAAAGCUAUUUUCCCACUUAAAUGACGAGACUGCAAUAUACAACACAUUAAGAAGUCGAACGUUUACUUAAAUUGGUAGACAUAGUACGAAUGUAAUUUAGAGUUUCGAUACACAUACUUAUAGUCGAUUAUCAAGCGAUUUUUUCAAUCGUACCGUCGUCACGUCACUUAGGUGUAAGAGCAGCUUAAAAGUGAAAAUCAGUAUUGUUCUCGAUAAUUUUGAAAAGUUUUAAAAAAGCUGACAUUAUUUUACUGAUGACGUUUUAAAAUUAUUUUUAUAGUAAAAAUGUUAUGGAAAUUAGAGACUCUACAUUGCAUAAAGAAAUAUAUAGCGUUAAAACUGAAAAAUCUAUUAAAAAACUCUGACAGUUUCAUAAUUCUAUAAUUAUAGAUAUCGUAAAUAGUACUAUUAAAAAUGGGUGAAUAAUCAAAAUUUACAUUAGUAGAGAUAAGCUAUAUGAGAUAUUAAAGUUACUUUACGUUAUUAAUCAUUUUUUAUUUAACUGUACAGUACUUCAUGUACUCAGUACUUUUUUUAGAAUCGUUACAUACUCUUUGUUAGUGAAUUGGAUUAUCAACAUUGAACACAGAUACAUAUAUUCUAUGUUCUUUCAAAUAAAAUUUGUUUUACUAGAUUAAUUUGUUGACCACUACAAUACUGAAGAUUUAAUAUACAAUUAAAAAUUUGUAUAAAGAUUGUAUAAAUGACAUGCAUGUAUAUGUUGCAAGUUUUUCUUUAGUAUUUUGUAUCAUUACUAAUGGUGUACUGUAUAUAGUAUUCGGAUGUUGAUAACUUAGGACUAUGAAUUUAAUAGAAUAUGUAUGUAGCAAAUAUUUUUGUAAAAUGGUGAAUGAUAUACAGUUUCUUAAGAAACUUUACUUCAAAAAGUACUUAAAGAAUUAAAGUACUUACAAUUUUUAAGAAAUAGUAUGUAGUUAUGUAUUUACAUACAGCAAUAUAUAGCGUUUAAAUGCAACAGAUUUUUUAACCGUGCACCUUAUUUUCGGUGCAAGAGACAUGGAUUUUAUAUUUUUUUCGUUACUUUGAUCCUAGGUAUUGAAUGAUGAUGGUAUGUGUUGACAGGAACGGGCGGAGUUGCUGCUGCUGAGGUAUGCAUCUCGAUGGGCACAUCACUUUGUGCGCCGCAGACUUGAUCUGGUUAUAGACUCGCAAGAACGUAAUAGAGACAUCGCGGGUCUAUCGGUUCCACCACGACAUUGUGUCUCC